UUUAAAUGGAAUUAAUCUCUCAAAAAUCUGGGUUGGGCCAUUUGGGCCUGUGAGCCUGUCGGCAUUCUUUUUUAUUCUUUUCUCUACCGCCCCUUAUGGCUUAUGUGAGCACCAUUCUCGUUUAACGCACGUUUAGUGUUCAUUUCGAUUUAUAUAUUAGUUUGAUUAUAAGACAUUAAAAAAUGUUAUUGAAAUUUUUAAUUUCACAAAAUUCAUAAAAUUUAAAGCCCGAUUUGCUCAUAUUCUCCUUAAUUCCAAAUAAAUUGUUACGAUGUAUGUUCUUCUUCAACGAGGCCAUAGCUUUUAUUACACGAGUGUUGCUUUAUACACCCCAAGCUUUCUUUCACUCGUCACGAUAGGGACUGAUAAUGUUGAGUCAUUAAAAGGCAAAACAAAUCCAUAGAUACUUUGAUAGAUUUUUGCAGUGUUUAAUUUUUGUUAUAACAGGUCAUUGUUAUUUUAAAAUCUCAUUUCAUUUGAUCGUUAUUUAUAGCAUUAUUUCAUUUCCCAUAUCAUAUCCUACAAUUUGAUAGUAUAUGUAUCAUAGAGAAAAUAAUCCUGUGGUCAAUCAUCAACUUUUAUCAAUAUUACAUGAAAACAAACCCUAAAAUCUCUUGGCCAAAACGAAGCAAUUUAUUUACCUUACCAAUUAUAAAAUGAUGUUCUCAUAAUCUAGCGUAAAAUAACCUCGGUUUUCAAUCUUUGAAAAACCUAAGGUUUAAUCGCUGGAUUUUUUUUAAAUGAAUUAAAAAAUGCAAUCUUGCCAUCUUGCAUGAAGAUUUUCUUGUAGAAAAGGGUUUUCUGACUCUUUAUUUCAACCCGAAUCGUGUCGAUGAUGCCUACGAAACGUGCUCCGUUGAAGCAAUCAUCAAUGGCGCUGCACGGGGAGGGAGAUAAAAGCAACGCAGGUGGUGGUGAUCUGAACGACAUUGAUCCUGGAUUGAAGAUAUUGUAUAGGGCCAACGAGCGUGAUUUGGAUGGCAUCAAGGAGCUUCUAGCCUCUGGCAUCGACGUCAAUUUCCGCGACAUUGAUGACCGGACUGCACUCCACGUCGCUGCGUGCCAAGGGUUUAGCGAUGUUGCCAAGUUCUUGAUUGAAAAUGGAGCCGAUGUAGACCUCAAAGAUCGCUGGGGCGGCACGCCUCUUGCAGAUGCUACACACUACAAGAACCAUGAUGUGAUCGAGCUCUUGGAGAAGCACGGUGCGAAGCAAGUGCUGGCUCCAUUGCAAGUAGAAAAUGCUGGCCAGUUACCAGAUUAUGAGAUCGAUCCCAAAGAAAUCGAUUUCACAAACAGCAUCGAAAUAUCCAAGGGAACCUUUAAGUUAGCUACUUGGGCUGGAACGCCGGUUGCUGUGAAAAUAUUCUACGAAGGGGCUGCAGACGAGAAUAAAGUGAGGGCAUUUAGGGACGAGCUUUCGUUGCUUCUGAGUAUAAGGCAUCCAAACGUCGUCCAGUUUCUUGGUGCUGUGACACAAAGUAGUCCUAUGAUGAUUGUGACUGAAUAUUUACCAAAGGGCGACCUUCACGAGUAUUUGAAAGAAAAAGGCUCCCUGAAGCCUGCAAAAGCUCUCAAAUUAGCUCUGGACAUUGCCAGGGGAAUGAGCUAUCUACAUGAACAUAGACCAGGAGUGAUUAUUCAUCGCGAUCUUGAGCCUUCAAAUAUCUUGCGCGACGAUUCUGGACACCUCAAAGUGGCAGAUUUCGGAAUCAGCAAGCUUCUUAGAGUUGCAAACAGAGUUAAAGAAGAGAGGCCUCUGAUCUCUCAAGACAGUACAUGUCGUUAUGUGGCUCCCGAGGUUUUCAAAAAUCAAGAUUAUGACACCAAAGUAGAUGUUUUCUCAUUUGCCUUGAUAUUACAAGAGCUUAUCGAGGGAUGCCCUCCGUUCAGCGGGAAGAAAGAGCAAGAAGUGCCAAAAUCUUAUGUUGCGAAACAGCGCCCUCCCUUUAAGGCCUCAAUGAAGCAUUACGCAUACGGCCUUAAAGAGUUGAUCGAAGAGUGCUGGAGCGAAAAACCAGUUGAUAGGCCGGCUUUCAAGCAGAUCAUUCCCCGGCUGGAGGAAAUGCAUAGCAGAUUCGACCAUAGAACCUGCUGGAAGGUGAUACCGUUGGACUGCUUUCAUCACUGGAGCUGGAGCAAGUGCCAUCACCGUUCCGGCAGCAGCACUGAUUCCAACAGAUCUCUAGGGAGCGACGUCUAGAUUCUUCAUUCUAAAAAGCUCUGCACCAGGAGAUUGGAUUUGCUGUCUGAAAUAAUUUCACUCCAUUUUUUUUGUAAA